AUGAUCAUAGUAUCAGCUAGAUUAACAAAAAAAACUGAAUCUAUUCUUAAACAAACAACUACUAACAAUAUUCUACCAAAUCUUGAUGAUUAUUAUAAAUCUCCACAAAGAUCAGAAGUUUCAGAUGAUAUUUCACAAAAAUUAAAAUAUUCAAGUCAAAUUGCUAAAAAAAGUAAUCACCCUCAUAAGCCUUCUUCACAAAGAUUGGAUGUUUUAGAUGAUGAUAAUACUAUUUUUCCAGAUCUUGACAAUAGUUUCAUCUAUAAAUUUUCACAGAAAUGUCAAAUUACCAAAAAUACUCAUAAGUCUUCUCAAAGGUUGGAAAUUUUAAAUGAAGAUUAUAAUAAUGUUUUGCAAGAUUUUGACAAUAGUUUCAUCUAUAAAUCUUCACAAAAAUCCAAAUCUUUAGAUGAAAUCACUAAAAAAAGUAAUCAUGCUCAUAAGUCUUCUUCACAAAUAUUGGAAGUUUUAGAUGAUGAUGAUAAUAUUUUUUCAGAUCCUGAUAAUGAUUUAAUCUGUGAUUAUUCACAGAAACCAAAAUCCUUAGAUGAAAUUAUUGGCAAUUCAUUAGUCAGUAAAACAUCAAGUUUUAUGCACCAUCAAUCAAGGAAUUGUGAAAAUUUCAAGUAUGAAGAAUCGUCAUUGCCUUCUUAUUUCCAUCAUCAUUGUAUACUUUUUCAAAGUUCAAACAUAAAGUGUUAUGGAGUGGAAGUCUCUAUAAAAAUGAUCCAAAAUUAG